AAUUUCAUUGGCGGCUUCUUAUAUCAUUUUAUAAUCCGCUAGGUACCUGUUUCUAACCGAUGUAGCCGGCGAGGGAGGCGUUAUUUAGCGGUCGGCGCCGAGCCUGCACCGCACGCCCUUGCCUGGCUGUUGUUGUGUUGUCUGGGCGCGGGCGGCGGUUCAGGCGGACAAGAGUUGUCCCAAAACCCAACUCCUGGCUAGCUCGCAGGUUAGCCUUUCCUGCCUCAUUCAGCAGAGACUCUCAGCACGCUUCACAUUUGCUCACCUAUUGUCUGCGCGCUGCCCCCGCAGCGUGCCCUCGACGCAGUCCCGCUCGAUGAGCAGAGCUCGUUUGUUCGGAGAAGACCGCGUUUUCAACAGAAACCCGUAAAAACAACGGGGGUUUUAAAGAAUUAAGUCGCUAGCUAGCUCACUUGUGCACAAAUGAACCGUUUUAUAAAACGGCCAUCAUGUUUGUUUUUUGGCGAGAUCGUAAACCACACGCUUCCCACUGAGAAUGACUCGCAAUCCUUUUCAACUUUUAUGAAUAGAUUCAUUUAGUUAAAUAAAACGUCUUGCACUGAAGUGACGAAUAGGCUAGGCGUGUUUGUUUACUAUCAAAGCUUUUAUGCAUGGUCUGUAUAUGUCCAUCUGCUAUAUAAUUUUCAUUCACAGCCUAUUUGAUUCGCUUUUUACACAUACAAUUGCAGUAUUCAUAAUGCUCCCUGUGGCAUAUUCGUGAAUUAGUAUGUAGCUUAUGUGCAUUGUGGUUUUAUGUUAAUUUGCUGGGAAUUAAUAUUUAUAUAAAAUAUACAGAUUUCUAGGGUCAAGGAUGUAACAAUUCCCCACUGAGUGUAUGGCCAUUCAGUUUAACCUAAAGGCCACACCGCUUCUUGCCCUUUUUAGUCUGAGGCAUGUGCUUGAUAUUUUGAGCGUUUUUAGGCGUUUUUACGACCAUAGUUCUAUGCUCAACUCAAACCAAGAGGUAGUCCUAUUUUCCAGAUUCCUUCUAAAUGUGCAGAAACUCAUACAGCUCUUCCUGUUUGUUCUAUAUUCAAACUAAUUUGUUGAACCAUUUACAUUACGCAUUAGAAUCCCACAUACUUUGCAAAAAGUAAGAAAUGUGUCUCGAUGUCUAGUUAAGUCAGUACUAACUAACUGCUCCGGAAGUCAGACAUUUUCAAUCGUAUUUUAUUCCUUAACCCUUGUGUUGCCUUAGGGUCAAUUUGACCCGAAUCAAUAUUACACCCUCGUGUCACCUUAGGAUUAAUUUGACCCCAUUCAAUGUUUAAUGUCGGUGUUCUUUCGGUAGUCAACAAACAAACAUAAAGUGCCUCACACUUAAACUUGGAAAACAAUAUUAAUUCUAAUAAUUUUCUGGAGGUUUUAAUUGCUGGCGUCAAAUUGAACCCAAAGGGUAAAAUAUGUUAGUAAAUAUAAAGGUAACAGGAGGGUGAAACAUUGAAUCGGGUCAAAAUGACCCUAAGGCGACAGGAGGGUUAAAUCAUGCUGUUUAAAAAAGAAAAAGUACAGUACAACUUAAACGCCAACCGACUGCGAUAUUGGAACUUUUUCCUUCAGAAAGAAGCAAAAAGGAAAGUUGAGAAAAUUCCCAUACAAAUAUUUGUUUGUUACAAAUGUGUGUGUGUGUGUAUAUAUAUAUAUAUGUAUGUGAUAUACAAUAUUGUCUUCUUCGUAGUUAUUUUUAAACUACACCCGUUAAUUCCAAGAAAACAUACUUCUAGUGUUCGACCGUCAUCAUGCAAUGCUUUACAACUGCACCACAGGUCAAUUUAAAUUUGAUCCAAAGCGUUAUAUGGCCUUCUGAUAUUUUGUAAUUACAGGAGGAUUUGCUUGAGCUGAAAUGUGUGCCAAACUAUCAUUUUCAAUUUUAAAUUGUUGAGCUGCCGAGAUGUUCCAGCCUACAAAUCAUUAAGCAAACCUCUUUGUUUGAUACAGAUCCUUAAAUCACACCACAAUCAUUUCAAAGUUUUAAAAGUAUCGCAAUUCCAUUCUUUUGAGUUCAACUGUUCAUUGCACCUGUAACUUCAGUGCCAGACUUGGUUUCCCAAAAUCCAGUUCGCUAUAAUAUGAAAAAUUAUAGUUUCAAUCAGUUUUUAAAUUCAUCAACGAUCCCUGCCUAUAUUAUCUUUUAAGAUGGCCAUAAUAAAGAUAGUAAAGGUAGAUAAAGUCGUGUCUACAGCGCACUUUCCUUAUUCCCUUUGGAUGCCAUUAUUUUCCUCAAUCUGUUUUUUCUUUCUUUCUGUCGACCAUGGAAACAUGGCAUGCACCAAGCCAUCGGGGCUGUUUGCCUGAAAACUGCGCAUAUGAAUGCUGGACCUAAAUUUCUGGUCAUAAAUCCAGAUUUGGCGAUUGGUGAAAUUGAUUAAAACAGUCUGCAUCUCCAGCUCCUCCAUUGCAGCAUGUAGUAUGUUCGCCGUUAGCCUUAUGUUGUCAUGCCUCUACUUUCAGGCUUUGGCCCCAGAUGAGUUGGGUGGGUGUGGUCUCUUCUGUUACCCCUCAUCCUAAGUGAAGCCCCCUCUGUUCCCACAAACACACACGCAUUCAAACCACGGCGAUGACACACCAUUCUAACAACUCUGUUCGAGACCAUAUGAAAUGGGCUGGGUUGCUGGGCUGCGAGGCGGUGCUGUCCAGCAUGGCCCUGAUGCAAGCCAACAACAUCCCAGGCCAAAAGAGGAUGAUGUCACCGUUGGGUCAAGGACACAGGUCCAGUCCUGAGAGCCACCAAGCUCACUCGCAGCACAGCCACAACCACCACGGACACCAGGUUCACCACGGACAACCCCACCACAGUAACAUGGGCCACCCUUCAGCCGGGAGCUGUCCACCCCUGCUGAUACGGAAAGACGGGGAUUAUCAUUCAUCAAGAAUGAUGGAUGGAAAGGACCUGCAAGCAAACCAGAAUAUGCAACCCAAGAAGAAGCACAAAAAAGCCGGGUCUUCCAGCAAAGUGAAAGUGGAGCAUUUACUUCCACAAAUCGAUAUGAGCGAUGACAGUUCCUUGAAAAUCCAGAAGAACUUCAUCUGUGACCACUGCUAUGGAGCUUUCCGGAGUAGUUACCACCUCAAGCGACACAUUCUUACACACACAGGAGAGAAGCCAUUUGCUUGUGACGCGUGCGACAUGCGGUUCAUCCAGCGCUACCACCUGGACAGACACAAGCGGGUGCACAGCGGGGAGAAGCCGUACCAGUGUGAUCGCUGCCAUCAGAACUUCUCCCGGACAGACAGGCUGCUGAGACACCGACGCCUCUGUACGGUGGGGAUGAGCAAAGAGGAAAGCCAGUUCUCACAGGAUGCAUCCGCCCAUCCAGCUUCCUGGAGCCCCCUACAGCCUUCCAACAACCGUCUGACUGUCUGACCCUCCGCUGCCCACAGAGAUCCUACAGACAGCAAACGGCAGCCUGCAGCUCAGUGAUGUCCCACCGUCGAGCGCCAGUACUGUAAGCUGACAACAGCGUUGCUUAAUCACAACCAAACUUUACUUUGCUCUCGCCAGCUCACUCACAGAGCUCGAUAAUGGAUUUUUAUAUAUUUUUUUAAUCUACUAUUCCAUUUAUGACCCGGACAAAAGGGGAAGGACUAAUUCAUGAUCACGGACAACAGGUCUUGGUACUAUGGCAAUAACUGAAUUAAAAAUGCACAUGUCUCCUUUUUCUCUGAAAGGUUGCAGGUAUUUUUUCUUGGUGUUGCCUCCGAGGGAUUGCAAGUAUUUUUGACUGUUUGCUGUCAAUGUAUCACGCAGCACCUCCUCGGUAUCCUGUUGACCUGCAAAACAACCCCAGUGUUGGCCUCACCUCCAUGCGGACCGUUCACUAAAGGACACACAUCCAGAAGUUUGUAGCUGUUCAGUGUUCAAGUUCUUCUCAGUGUGUCCUCCUUACGCUACUAAUUCUGCACCAGCUCAUGGGUGACCAGUCCCAGCAGACUUGUGGUCCGAUUCAAAACUGAAGGUGUGCGUAACGCAUCUAACAUUAAAUAUAAUGUCAUUUUUAUAACGGUGAUCUCAACAUAAAUUGGGCUUAUUACAGAGUGAAAUGCAACUUGCAUUCCAUUUCCACUUCAUGUAGAAGAUGACCUUUUAAAAAAAAAUGUUUCUCAAAUAAUUUCUUCCAUGCUAUUCGCCGAGCUGUAAAACGGAUUACAGGUGCAACCCUUUUGGUGAUGUGUGCAAACGGGUUGAACGCCCUCAAAGUUAACAAAAUGCUCCUGAAAUGUAAAAUGUUCAACUGCUGUUGGCAUUAGUUGUGUAGCGACCGUUGUCUCCCAGUGUCGCUGUUCAGCCUUGUUUUAAAGGGGUUCAUUUUGACUUGAAAUACAGCACACGGCUGAAGAAAAGUCACUGAGCUUCUUUAUCCUUUAAUGACUGGAUGUCGGAUCCACCUGUCUGUCGAAGAAAUUAGAAAUGAAGUUGCCUCUGUAACAACCCCCUCAAUAUAAAUGAAUUGUGUUUACGGUCUCUGUUCCCAGAAACCACUGUCGGUCUUGUUUUUUUCCUGCUCCGCGUUUGUAGAUUUUUCUGAAUUUAAAAAAAAACCGUCCGUCCAUUCAAAUGUAUUUUGGUAAGCGUGUUCUCAGAAAUCCUGUGAUUUACCUGAAAGUCCUUGAGAGUACAUUAGCACACAAUAGAAUUAAAGCUAGUCCGAGGCCUGACAUUCAUUUCAGUGGAGGCACUGGGGGAAUGUGGAGCCCAUGCUUCAUGCCCAGAACAAGACAGACAGUUGGAAAGUAUUAUUUGGUUCCUCCACCGAUUUUGAGAGAGAGAGCCCUCCUCUGACUUGACCCGACUGAAUGUGAUCUGAACACAGUACCGUGCCAUUUCAUCUCCAGUUUAACCAUGAGCGUCUUCAAUGAAGAUGAUGAGCUGUGGACAUGGGAAUAAUAAGGUCCACGCGGUGUUUUGUAAAGUGAUAUUGUUUUUAGGACUCUGUAUGAUGAAAUCAGACUGUAGACACUGGACUGAUGAUGUUAGCUCAAUUGUAGAGGAUUGUAUUGUAGACUGGUACUUCUGUUGCUGUCCGACUUUUAGAUGAUGUGAAAGGGGUUUGGGGCCUACCACUGAGUUGUCUACUUUUUAUGAAGUUAAUAUAUAUUUAAAUUGUAUUAGGGGUAGAAAAUAGUAUGUACGGGACCUACACUUCAAAAGAAAAUCAAAGUAUUUACAAAGUUAUAAUCCGUAGUCUGAUUUCUUAUGACAACUGAAAAUGAGAAGUUGUCUUUCAACUUGCGAUUGGGAGUAAAAAAAAAAGCUGCCACUCUCGUUUGUUUUUUUGUUAGUAUAGCAGCCAUGAUUAGUCAGCAUAUUUCUUCUUUUGCAUGUAUUUGUUGGAAAGAUCUUCUCUACAUUUUGUUUUGGUAAGGAGAUUUUUUUAUGUCAGCCCCACCUUUUUUGUCAUUUCAGGGGUGAAGUGAAAACUAUUUUAACUCAGUCAAUCAUUCUGUAGUGGACGGAGUGUUAGGGCCCCAAGUCUCAAUAAAGCUGUUACACUUUUUAAACAAA